CGAAGGUGCCUCUUUGCACACUAAUUUGGACUCGCAUUAAAUUCGAGAUUUGCCAAAGGCGUGAACCUCUGGAACCUCUCGACAUUUCUGAAAGAUGGAAGCGAGGUUUCUCCACUAUAUGCCUCAUCCUUCAAGCGAUAUCGCUACAAGGGAUGAGGCUGCCGCAAUGGCCGCUUAUUAUAUUGCAGCCUGGAAGGAUGGAAAUGAGAAUGUUUCCUACUUUAUGCUUCAGCAGGCUAUAGAUCAGCAAUGGCUGGCGUUUUUAACUGUGACCGAAGAUGUCACUGUUCGAAUUCUGAGCAUUGGGAGAUCGAUUUUGAAGGCGCAACUUGCAGCGAAGUGGCUCAAGAUCGCACUUCAAGUGGUUGAAACCAGGGCGAAACCAGAAUCUAUAUCAAGCGCCCAGGAUGAUGAGCAACGUUCAGGGUCCCUCCCAACCACACUAAUUAAGCAGCUUAAUUUUCCUGGUGAGGAUCGAACCGAAUCGGGGUCUCCGUCCAAGGAGAUCGUGGAGGAGUUCCGGCAACUCCAGUGGAUGAAAACUGCUAUCCUGAAACGCCGAAAUGCGAGCGACACAGAAUUCCGGGAAGUGUUGCAAGGGCUCCUGCACUCCAUCGAGUUCAGUGAGGAGUGCAUAAACGACUUCCUUCAAGAGAUGUCAGCGCUUGCAGAAGCCCGCCCCAAUCAUGCCUUGCGUGACGUCAAUGGACAUUCUUUCAUUGAUAAAAUCCGAUUUCAUCUCAAGGCCGACGCGAAUCAACAGCGAGCCACGUUGGAGAUUGGGUCGGCCUGUGACGACACCGCUGGCCGGCCUGGCUUCCAAUUCGGAAAGCGCCUGCUCGAGCAUGUCAAAGUACUUUGGGAUAUGGGCGAUAAACUAUACAACUCCAACAAAUGGUCACGAGCAGUACGCUGGUACUGUCUAAGCUCACACGAAAUAUUUGCUCGUGCCGUCGCUCCUGUGACCCUGGGAGAGUAUUCCCAGGCGGUGGACUGCCUUCAAAGAUGUCAAGCUGAUGGCACCACAAAUGAGGCUGCCACACAUUACCUCUCCUUUUUGGCGGCGAUACAUCAGGCUGCCGAAGCAAUCACGAGGCUCCUUGCCCAUGAAAAGCAACUACGGCUAUCCUUGCUGCAUUCUUUGUUGGAAACGUCAGAUAACGCACCUGUUGCAAACGGAGGAUCCGAGGGAAUCCUGUUGUCACGGUGCAUCAUCGGACUCACUAUUGAUUUGUUAAAGGAGCCGGCAGCGGAGAUGCAAGUAGUCAGAUGCCUUAAUCUAGUACAUAUACUAAAUUUAGUUCACAAGUCCUGUUUUGGUAGACACUUUGAUGAAGCAGUUGCGCAAAGUCCUAGUCGCAAUUUCCAAAAAAGAUGAGGCGAUGAUUGUCAAGGAUCUAUCGUGGCUAUGGCGUACCGCAUACAAUUGUGCCAUCGACGUGUCAACAGAAUGGAACAGCGAGAUUGUUGCCCAGUUAUUCGACAUAUCGAGGGAGUUUCUAGAAUUGUUUCGUGACGUGUCCAUGGAUGCCAAUGAUCCCGUGGUACACGCUCAUAUUGUUUUCGCUUCAUUUUCUUCCAUCUCAGCAAGAG